UUUGUUUUUCAAUCUUUUUCAGAUGUUUUACGACUGACACACACAAAAAAAGACCCAGGAAAAUGAAAAGGCAUUUUUUAUAUAUUCUUCUGUUAUUGGUGUUUAUGUAUAUUAGUAUUACUUUUUACUACUCAUUAAAAUCUAAGCCACCACACAGAAACAAGCCGUUCUACGCCUGUAAAAUCAAAUGGUCUCAUAGCAACCCAAUAAUAAAUUUAUCAGCAUUGCCCAUUCCAAAGGCCUUUUCCAAAUUCACGUUCUACGGAGACGAACAAAUUCUAAAGGACCAGUGGUAUUUUAAGCCAAGACCAACGCGUGUUUCUCCUUUGGAUUACUGUUUUUUCAAACAAUCUGCAAGAGCAUGUGCAACUGAUGAAAACCCCCAGCUUAUUGUUCUGGUGAUAUCAAUGCAUAACAUGACGUCACAACGAGAAUGUAUCCGUGAUACCUGGGGCAGUGUCUCUACCCUGGGUACAUGGCCAGGGUCAAAAGAACACUUUUCCAUUAGAGUAUUGUUCGUGUUAGGUCUUAGUAAAAACGAUUCCUUGAACAUCGCUGUCAGCAAAGAGGCAGAAGAAAGAGGAGACAUGAUAUUAGCAGAAUUUGAGGACAGCUAUUUCAAUCUGACGCAAAAGGUCUUGAUGGGAUUCAAGUGGAUCAAAGAGUUCUGCCCCACCGCCAAAUACGUCAUGAAAGUUGACGAGGAUACGUAUAUAAAUAUUCCUAAGUUCGUAACAUUAACAAACUCCCGUAACUGGAACAAUCUCGUAUAUGGGCCAUACUCUUUCUCAGGGACAGUGGAAAGGGAAGGAAAGACGAGGGUAUCUAAGGAAGCAUAUCCUAUAGAUGUGUAUCCACCGCACGUGAAGGGCAACAUUUAUUUUAUGUCCACUCACACCGCAAUGAAGAUACUGGCCGUCUCCGAACACAUGCCCUACGUGAACAUAGAGGACACGCACAUUACGGGAAUACUGGCAAAAACGCUGAACAUCAGACAUAUCACACUGGCGCUAAAGGAAUAUGAUUUAUAUUUACCUGCUACUCCUUGUGAGCUUGCAAGUGAAAACAAGAUGGUAUCCCAACAGAUAUUUCUUCACUCAUUUUACGCCGUCUGGAUCAGAGUUCAAGACCCCUCAUUGUGCAAGAACGCUAAUUCAGUCAAACGAAUUCAACCAAAACGAGCAGAAAAAACGUCCGCUAGACUGGUUUAUAAUGCGUUUCACGGUAAACCAAAUGAUCACGUCGGGAACUAGUCAAAUAGUUCGCGAACGUUAGCGAAACGUUAGGUGGCUGAACUCGUAACACAAACAGGCGCAGAUUUAAAACAGAGUACAUGUGUAUUAUAUGUUCCCUGUUGUUAUUAGGGAUAGCUUCUGUUGGAGUAUAUGUUUUAACAACUGGCUGUGAAAAAGUGUGUUACAACAUGGAACAACUAGGGCCGUUCUUGGAAGGAAUAGGAAGGCAGUUGCCCCUUUAAAAAGGACCUUUUUGUUAUAAAACAUAUUACUGUG